AAUCGGCUUACACUACAUAUACAGAAUUAAUUACCUAAAUGCCUACUAUGAUUGACAGUGGUGAGAAGGUGGCUAUUGAAGUCAUGAGAUAUUAUACGGCUAUCGAAGUCAAGGAAGCUUCCGAAAAUCAACGCUUUGAGAAGUUUAAGAAUGGCAGCGGACUACUAUAAUAAGAACGUGAAAGCUUCAGAGCUUUGAUACUAGGGCCCGACCAAGAGACAAGAGUGUUAAGGUAUG